AUGGGGAACAGAAGUUCAAAUAAUUCGAAUUAAAAAAUUGGAUAAGAAGCCAAAUGUCCUAAUUGUGAUCGUAAAUUUGGACCUUCUACUACAUACAACUUGCUUAAUACUCAUAUAGAUCAUUGUUUACAAAACUAAUAACAAAUAAAUAAUAUUGGAUUUCAAAUGCCUUAGCCAUAAGUAUAACUGGGAGAUAAUUAUAUUUGGGUAAAAUAAAAUAAUCAAUGGAAAAGAGUAUAAUCAUAAGUUAAUGGUGGAUAGAUCUAAGUAACUUUUUUAAUAAAUUUUAAAGAAUUUAAGUGUUUAAGAAAUCAAGAACAGAUCCUUUCCAGAAAAAUAAAUGUGGUUCAAUCUAUAACUUGAAAAAUUUCGUAUUCCUUGGUAACUAGGAUCUGAUAAAUUGAAUGUCAAUCUAAAUGAUUUAUUAUAAUCUUCUUUAAUUUCAGCAAGAAAUGUUAAUUUGUAUAAAGAAGUCAAGGUAGUAUUUUAAAACGACAAAGUAUAAGAUGCAGGUGGCUUAUUAAGAGAAUGGUUAACUUUAAUUUUUAAAGAAAUGUGUAAAGAUAUCUUUUCAUUGACAGAAACAAAUGAUGUUACAUAUAAAAUUGCUAAAUAGAGUCAAUAUUUUGAUUUAGUUGGUUUAGCAAUAGCAAAAGCACUUUUUGAAAGAAUGAAUAUCUGUGUUGAAUUUGAUAGACCCUUGGUUAAAAGAUUAAUUGGUUAAGAAAUCUCAUUUCAAGAUAUGUAAUUUUAUGAUAAAAGUCUGUAUUUGAGUUGGAAAUAUUUACUUGAAAAUUAAUUUGAUGAAAAUUCAUUAUAAUAAUAUUUUAUCAUAUGUAAGGAUGAUGAAAUAAUUGAAUUAAAAUAAAAUGGAGCUGAUAUUUUAGUAACUAACUAAAACAAAUAAGAAUUUGUAGAUUUAAGGUAGAAUUUAUUAUUAUUAUUAAGUAUCUAAUUCUAUAGUGAAAAAAUGAUAUCAAAAUAACUUGGUUAAAUCUAAAAUGGAUUAUAUAAAUAUAUACCAAAAGAUUAUUUAAAUAUCUUUACAGCUGAAGAAUUUGAAAUGAUUCUUUAUGGUGUAUCAGUUGUAGAUUUAGAUGAGUGGAAAUAACAUACAACAUAUAAAACACCAUAUGCUGAUACUUCUCAAUAAAUAAAGUGGUUUUGGAAAAUAUUAUCUGAAUUUGAUUAGGAUUAAUUAAAAAAGUUUUUACAUUAUUGCACAGGUUCUUAUAGAAUUCCAGUUAAGUAUUUAAUACAUUAUUGCAAUUUAUAGUGGUUUUAGUAAACUUGAGUCCAAUAGAGGAAUGUAUUCAAAAUUUUAGAUUAUUCCUAUUGAUUAUAUAAAUGCCAAUUCUUUCCCAAUAGCUCAUACAUGUUUCAAUAGACUUGAGCUUCCAAAAUAUAGUAGUGAAGAAAUGAUGAGAAAAUAUUUGAGAUCUAUUGUUCUAAAUGAUCUUGAAGGAGUUUUUGGAAUGGAAUGA